GGCCAGAGAGAGAAGCCCACUUUUGCUUCACGUCCGGUUCGAGCCGUGUUUCCGCCCCCACUUCCGCUUUAAGCAUUUCCGGUGGUGUCCCGCCGUGCUCCGCGCGGCCGGGGACAGGAAGCGGCAGGAUGUCAGGUUGGGAUCGUGAGGCCGCGCGGACUGGAUCCGGCGAUGGACGAAUUUAUGUCGGAAAUCUGCCAGCUGAUAUUCGGGAGAAGGAACUAGAGGAUCUGUUUGACCGCUAUGGUAGGAUCCGGACCAUUGAGUUGAAGAACCGGGGCGGCAGUAGUGCCGCUCCAUUCGCAUUCAUCAGCUUUCAGGACCCCCGCGAUGCAGAGGAUGCAGUGUUCGCAAGGAAUGGCUAUGAAUUUGGCUCAUGUCGUCUACGUGUAGAGUUCCCCCGUUCAUUCCGGGGAUCUGGUGGUGGAUAUGGAGGUUCUCGGGGAAGGAAUGGGCCGCCAUCUCGUCGCUCUGAAUACAGAGUCAUUGUCUCAGGUCUUCCACCCUCAGGGAGCUGGCAGGAUCUGAAGGAUCAUAUGCGGGAAGCUGGUGAUGUCUGUUAUGCUGAUGUACACAAAGAUGGAAUGGGGAUUGUUGAAUUUAUUCGCAAAGAAGAUAUGGAGUAUGCUCUGCGGAAGCUAGAUGAUACAAAAUUCCGCUCCCACGAGGGUGAAACUUCUUAUAUCCGUGUGUGCCCAGAGAGAAAUACCAGCUACUCCCGUUCCAGAUCCCGUUCAAGAGGGCGUGAUUCCCCUUAUCAAAGCCGCCGCUCGCCUCGUUAUGCUUCUCCCUUUCGACCGUACUAAGUUGCCACCAUAGGGACACUUUCUAUGAAUUGAAUUCUGAAUCCCAUCUACUCAGAACAACAUUCCACGACUGAUGGAUUUCAUCAACUUUUAUACCAUUUUUUUUUUUUUUUUUAAAGAAAUGUUUUCUUGACAUAAGGUGUGUGGUGUUUUUUUCUUUUAAGUUCUAUCUUCAAGAAGGCAAAAGAUAGUAUUGUGCCUCCUAGGAAGAAGGGAUGGCCUGAUCUGAAAUUGUGUUAAAUGCGCUGUGCAUAAUUGCUAUACUGGAACUAACAAGUAGAAUGCUAAUGGAACCAAUGCAACCUUAAGGGAAAGUACAUGUGUCCUACAUAUAGUUAAAUGCCAUCAGUAUGUUAGAAAGGUAUAGUUUGGAAUAACUUUUUAAUCCUCUUCACAAUCAAGUUUGUACGUAUGUUCCUUUUAUUAUGAAAGUGUUUCAGUUUAAAUAAAAAUAAGCAUCUGUAGCUGUCCUAAUAAACAGUAAGCUGUUA